ACAAUUCCCGUUCACCGCCGAUCAGGUUCGAGUGGUUCUUUUUCGCGAAUGCGAUAUCGAGGACGCAAACUGCUUGUUUGACUCCAGCGCAGUGGAGAAAAUUUCCGAAGCACCAUCGACAACCAUAACCGCCACUACAUCGGCUUCAACAAACUACAAACUACCGCAGACCCAAAAUGCGAUCACUGUAAAGUUCUAUAUCAGCAUUAGUUCCAAUCCGAAGAAUGACAUCAAAGCACUGGCGGAGAUGAUAUUCGGUUCGGCGCCGAUCGCCUUUCAAGGGAGCAGUUUGAAGGUUCACUGGUUGAAAACUCCCGCCGCCGCCAUGAUGUGCUCCCAUGUGUUUCCGGCACCGGCGCCGAAAAAUGUCAGCGGAACAAGCAGUAAGAAGAUCUCUGUGUCAUCCUAUUUGGGAUCGGAUCUCGUUGUGGGAAGUAACAACGGAUUCAAUCACGACCGAUAUCCGUCCGGAAGUGAUCUCAGUUCGAUCGAUACGACGUCACUUCGGUCUUUUACGGUUACUUCUUCUACCUCGACGCAGCAUGAUGUGUCAUACAACCCAUCCCAGGUGACGGCGAGUGACGGUUGUGUGGAGGGGCGAAAUCGCAGAAACAGCGAAACCAUAGAACGAACAGGCGGAAAGCAUUCAGCGGUGAAGUGUUAUCAAACUGCGACCAACUACCACGGUAAACCUCCAAGCAAAAAGGCACGCCUGGGGCUUGCAUUGUACAUUCAGUUGGAUGACGGUUUGCUGCACGAGAUGGAAGCGUACUGCUCGGAGCAUAUGAGCAUAUUCGAAUCGAUGUUGUGUCGACUAAGAGUGGCGGCGGAAAAUGCGUGCUACCGAUUAGAAUUUCUUUUGCAGAUAAUGCUGACAGCAUGGCACCAAACGCAGCAAUGGUUGGUAGACUUCUUUACGGCGCCACGCCUGGUGAAUCCAGUUUGGAUAACUUUGAGCAGCAGUGCGACUACGGGAAAUUCCAACAGCAGUUCGCAACUCAACCAGGCGGCCCUCAGUAUAGCCAACAACUUCAUGAAUGAUCUAUCAUCGCUGUUGUCCUGGGCGGACACCAAGGAUACCAAAUUAUUCAUCAGUACCCUUCUGACGGCUGUUCUGACGCAUCACCUAGGCUGGGUGAGCACAAUUGCCCCCAUAAGUAGCGGCUCUUCUGAGUCACACAGUGGACCAGCAGACGAAAAGGAUAAGCUGUCGAAAAUAACGGCCAACCACCCGUACAAUGUACUGUGGGCACAAUUGGGUGACCUGUACGGCGCGGUUGGGUAUCCGGUGAAGCUAACUAAAACCAUCAUUUGUGGAAGUCCACAGCUGAGCAACACCAUAGGAAAAAUUUUGAACGUUCUGUCAUACUUUGUACGAUGCAGUGAGAUCCGAAGGACGGCUCAUGCUGAAGUUUUUGAGGAGGGAAAAAUCAAAGAAGCUUUCGCCGCACAGCGGGUUAUCAAUAAUGUUAGCAGCAAUCAGAGUUUCCAAAGUGGCGCGGGACAAUUGGGUGAUUGCAGAUCACCAAAGAUGACAAGAACCGCAUCCGGAAUGGUUCGAUCAUCGACACGUAUGAAAGACUUGACCGCCAUGGGAAAGGAUACGAGCGAUGGCGCAGAUGGAGAACUAUCCGAUUUACUCAAGAAGACAGUAAUGAACGAUAUCCCGAAUGUAUUGGUUUAUCGCGAUUCUAGAUUUGUACAACAGGAACUUAGGAUUGGCAACAAAAGUAUGGACACUGAACUUUUGAACGCCAGAGAUAAGCAAUUUUUAGAAAUGAUCUACCAUAUCAAGAAAGAACAAAAUAGGCCUCCCAUAAGAAUGACUUUGACCCAACCAGACGAGACCGGCCAAGAGGCAAUAGAAUUAGAUGUAAGCGAUACUGGAGAUACAGAUUCGAUACGAUUGUCUAAAUUGAUCACAGAGAACAAUAUCGGCGAUACUGCGAAUUCAACGAUUACUUGGGGAUUGGAACGAAUAAAGGAUGGUAUUUCAUUGGAACAGUUGAAAUAUAUUGAUGUUCUGCGUGGUAACUAUGAUACUUUGAAGCAAAGCCGUCCAAAGGACGAAGUUGUAUUUGUACUAGGAGAGGAUGAACAGCUCGUGAAUAUCAAACAUAUGCAACCUUCGACCGCAUCCGACAAAACAAGUGAGCUAGGAGCGGUUGGUGGGAAGAAACCUUGCUCUCACAGCAGACUUCGAAAACAUUCCGUCAUUUUCAAUUUCGACCAAUACCCCAAAGUAUUUGAAAAAUAUUUGAAAAGUCAAAAUCUUGAACUUAGCGAGCACGACUUUUUCGAAAAAGGCUUGAAAUUGUCCCUCAAAUUUCAGCCGGAAAUUGAGUUUUUCUCAUCAACGGAUCCAACUGAAGAAGAAGAAUGCGAUAUUUGCCGCAAUACCUCCCUGCAAACCCCGACGAAUGCGUCAGAAUUUGAAUUCUCCAGUGAUCUAAAUGAAGGGAGUCUUUUCAGCUCAGGAAACGAUCCAUCUAGUCAUGAUAACGCCUCUAACCCUUUCACCUUAGCAACUGUUCAAGAACAUGUCGAAAUCAAAGCCAAACACCCGGACAGCAUAUUGAAAUUAGUGGAUAUUCCACUAUCCAAGCCAAUGAGUAACGCGAACGAUGAGAACAAUAACGACAAGACUGAUAAAUUAAGAAAAUUGCCCAAUAAAGCCGGUUUUAUACCAUCAUUGUUCUCUCGAGUUGCGGACCACUAUAUCCCGGAUAUGGUUCUUCAAGGUACCACCGCUCCUCCUACCAAAUGGGAACGGGCUCUCAAGAAGGACCUGAGUCUCGCCUCCCGAUUUGCCCUCAUGGAACAAUAUCCUACAGAAAACCUCGCUAUUGUCGCCAACCUUGAGACCCACGAUGUAAGGUUAGUAACAUCUAACCAAUCAUCGUUGGCUCCAAGCAAUCCCAACGGGGAAUUGGUAUACAUGUCGCGAAUCGUGUCAUCAAUGUUGGAAACGGUACACGCCAUGUGGAGUUCCGGAUUGUCAUCUUUCCAGUGUAUGGCUUUUAUAGAAUCCAAAUUACGUGAAAUGUAUCUGCAAUCGGAGUCCAUCGCCAGCUUUUUGCUAACCACUGACUUUUGUUCCAUCGAAUCGAUAACAAAGGCACUGGACAUCACUGCCCCCGAUAUGCCCCUACUGUUGUCCGUGGCUUCGAUACACACCCCGGAGGUGACAAAGCGAUACGUUUUGCAAUAUCGGUGAUUGGAACUUGACGCGAGUUUCCUUCGCGAGAAGAAUCACUUGCGAGUUUUUGUGAUACUAGGUUUAAGCUACUGCAUAGAGCAAUCAACGCUUCAGGAAGAUCUGUUAGUUGUUACCGAUUGAGAUGACUCAUCAUUGAAUUAGUAGGGCAUGUGUGUGUAUGCGGCUCUCUUUACCAAUGAGAUGUGAUUCCAAGAUAGCUGCGAAUGUAGUUAUCUCAUUUGCCAGGAUAGAAAAUAUGUAGCAUAAAUGUAUUUUAGGUAAAUAGGGUUAUUUAACGAUUGAAAAGUAUUUCUUCUGAUAUUUAAUAUUGAGAAUUCAGUAAAAGCUUAUCAAAUAGGUAACUUCUUUACCAUUCAUCAAAAUAAAUGAAACCGUUGCAAAAAUUA